AAAGUUCCCCUUUAUUGUGCCACUUGUUCCUCUCAUUUUAUUCCACCAUUCUUUUCUCUCUCUCCUCCUUCAUUCAUUAUUAACCCCCCAAAAUUCUUCUCUAAACUUCAUCCUGAUCAAAAAUGGCGCCCAAAUUAACAAGAAUCCCUAGUAUGAGAGAGAGAGUGGAAGACACUCUCUCUGUUCAUCGUAACGAGCUCGUCUCUCUUCUCUCCAAGUAUGUUGCUCAAGGGAAGUGUUUAUUGCAACCUCAUCAUCUGAUUGAUGGAUUAGAAAGUGUAAUUGGCGAAGAUAAAGGGAAACAAAUUCUUAGCGAUGGCCCGUUUAGCGAAGUUCUUAGGUCUGCUCAGGAAGCAAUAGUUGUUCCUCCCUUUGUUGCUAUAGCAGUCCGUCCAAGACCUGGAGUUUGGGAAUAUGUUCGUGUUAAUGUCUCUGAACUGAAUGUGGAGCAGCUAACUGUGUCUGAGUAUCUCCAUUUCAAGGAAGAACUUGUGGAUGGAAAGGCUGAUGACCACUAUGUGCUUGAGCUUGAUUUCGAGCCUUUUAAUGAAUCAGUUCCACGUCCAACUCGCUCUUCAUCAAUUGGUAAUGGUGUUCAGUUCCUCAAUCGGCACCUGUCAUCAAGCAUGUUUCGCAACAAAGAUUGCUUGGAGCCGUUACUUGAUUUUCUUCGAGUGCACAAACAUAAAGGAGUUGUCAUGAUGUUGAAUGAUCGGAUACAGACUAUCCAGCGUCUUCAGUCUGCAUUGUCUAAAGCUGAGGAUUAUCUUAUCAAACUUCCAGCAGAUACACCUUACUCUGAGUUCGAAUUUGUAAUCCAAGGUAUGGGUUUUGAAAGAGGCUGGGGUGAUACUGCUGAAAGGGUUCUAGAAAUGAUGCAUCUACUACUAGAUAUCCUUCAGGCUCCCGAUCCGUCUACAUUAGAGACAUUUCUGGGAAGACUUCCCAUGGUGUUUAAUGUGGUCAUUUUGUCUGUACAUGGAUAUUUUGGACAGGCACAUGUGCUCGGCUUGCCUGACACUGGUGGGCAGAUAGUUUAUAUACUUGACCAAGUGCGGUCUCUGGAACAUGAAAUGCUCCAACGAAUAAAGAAGCAAGGACUAGAUGUGACUCCUAGAAUUCUUAUCGUGAGUCGGUUGAUUCCCGAUGCUAAAGGGACCACGUGCAAUCAACGUAUGGAGAAAGUCAGUGGAACAGAGCAUGCUAGUAUCCUGAGAGUUCCUUUCCGAUCAGAGAAAGGAAUCCUCCGCAAAUGGAUAUCUAGAUUUGAUGUAUGGCCUUAUUUAGAGAACUUCACUGAGGAUGCAGCUGGUGAAAUUAUUGGCGAGUUGCAGGGUCGUCCAGAUCUGAUAAUUGGCAACUACAGCGAUGGGAAUAUAGUUGCUUCUUUAUUGUCCCACAAAAUGGGUGUCACCCAGUGCAAUAUAGCCCAUGCAUUGGAGAAAACCAAGUAUCCAGAUUCUGAUAUUUACUGGAAAAGAUUUGAGGACAAAUAUCACUUCUCGUGUCAAUUUUCAGCUGACUUGAUGGCAAUGAAUCAUGCUGAUUUCAUCAUUACGAGUACUUACCAAGAGAUAGCUGGAACGAAGAAUACUGUUGGUCAAUAUGAAAGCCAUAAGGCCUUUACUUUUCCGGGGCUGUAUCGGGUGGUUCACGGGAUUGAUGUCUUUGAUCCCAAGUUUAAUAUUGUCUCGCCAGGGGCAGACAUGGCCAUCUACUUCCCAUUUUCAGAGAAGGAGCACCGUCUCACUUCACUUCAUAGCUUCAUAGAGCAGCUCCUAUUCAAUCCUGAGCAGAAUGAAGAACACAUUGGUGUAUUAGAUGAUACCUCAAAGCCAAUUAUAUUUUCCAUGGCGAGGCUAGACCGUGUGAAGAAUAUAACAGGGCUGGUAGAGUGCUAUGGCAAGAAUGCGAAACUCAGGGAACUGGCAAACCUGGUUGUAGUGGCUGGGUACAAUGAUGUAAAAAAGUCGAAUGACAGGGAGGAAAUUGCCGAAAUCGAGAAGAUGCACAGGCUUAUACAGGAGUAUAAUUUAAGAGGACAAUUUCGCUGGAUUGCUUCUCAAACAAAUAGAGUACGAAAUGGUGAACUCUAUCGCUACAUUUGUGACAAAGGAGGUAUUUUUGCGCAGCCUGCAUUUUAUGAAGCAUUUGGGCUUACAGUUGUUGAAGCCAUGACCUGUGGUCUUCCCACAUUUGCUACCUGCCACGGUGGUCCAGCUGAGAUUAUAGAAGACGGUGUUUCAGGAUUUCAUAUCGAUCCAUAUCAUGCUGAUCAGGCUGCAGAAAAAAUGACUGAAUUCUUUGUCAAGUGCAGAGAGGAUCCAAACUACUGGACUAAAAUCUCUGCAGGAGGGUUACUAAGGAUCAAAGAAAGAUAUACCUGGCAAAAGUAUUCUGAAAGGUUAAUGACAUUGGCAGGGGUGUAUGGUUUCUGGAAAUAUGUCUCUAAACUAGAGAGAAGAGAGACACGACGUUAUCUUGAGAUGUUCUACAUUUUGAAGUUCCGUGAUCUGGCCAACUCUGUUCCGCUGGCAACAGAUGAAGAGCCUUCUACUACUGAUGCAGUUGCGACAUUCCGUGGACCUUGAACGCUGCUGCUUACUGAGGUUCCAAGUUGUGUAUAUAUUACUGUGAAAGGAAUAAGUGUAGCUACACAAAAGGUUCUCAACUAUUAGUAUCUUCUCUGUGUAAAUAACGAGAGUGAAAAAUGUAAUAUUGUUGAUGUCUUGAAAACUGAGUUUGCUUUGUUUAUUUUUAAGUGUAUGACAAUAUGUAUCAUAUAACGGAUUCUUCAGUGAUCAUAUCAAAAAUAUGACCAUCGAAGUUAAUGAAAAUCAAGUGAUUUUAUUAA